AUGGGCGGGCGGGCGGGCGGGCGCAGGGAGGCCGGCGCGGGACGUCCCGUCCGGACCCGCCCGGGCCCCGGGGCUGAGUCAACGCCGCCCGGUGCGAGGAGUGCUCGGCCGCGCGGCGCGGCGCCUUCCGGCGAGAGGGCGGGGAGGGGCCCCGGGGCCGGCCGAGGGGCUGCCGGGGGGCCGGGAGGAAGUUUCGGGCCGAGGAGGCGCCCCCGAAGCGAGCGGCGCCGCUUCCGCACCUCGACCCAGCGCCCUCGUCUCGAGGCCCGGCGCGGCCCGGGGGCGGCGAUCCCGGCGGCGAGCCGAGUCCGUGCUGCGCCCGGGCCCCGCACUCGACGCCCCCGGCCCGGCCCCGAUCGAGCGCGGCGCUGUAACCCGAGCCGCCCGCCGCCGCCGCCGGGAUCCGCGAUCAGCCCUGGACAGCGCCUCGCUCGCCCGCCCGCCGCCCUCCCCCACCCGGCGCGCCCCAGCCCCGCUCACCCGCGGCCCCCGGGGAGGCGAGUGGACACUCCGCUCCUGCCUCCGCCGCCGACUUUCCUUUGUUGCCCGAGUUUCGGGGGCGGGAGGGAGGGAGGGAGCGAGGGGGAGGAGGGAGGCGGAAAAGUUGGGCGCCGGGACCCCGAGAGGCCCGGAGAGCGAUCCGACUCCGACUCAAGCCCGCCCUGCUGCUCUCGGGGCGGGCCCGGCCGCCGCCGACGCCGGGGACUGCGGCCCGGGGCCUCGGCGGCGCUGCUGCUGCUGCUGCCGCGGCUGCUGGGCGACGACGAGCUCGCGGAAGCCGCACAUUCCAGCACAGCGCAGGAGCCUGCGCCGCCGCCGCAGCCGCCGCCGGACACGCCCCCUCGCCGCCCGCGCGCACACGCGGGCCACGCCCCAUUUGUGGGGACACGCCCACAGGACACGCCCCACAAUCGCCGCAGCAGAGCGACGAGACACGCCCACUCUGCCGCAGGCUCCGCCCACUGGACACGCCCCUCCCUCCCCGGCCCGCCGCGCGCUCCAACGCACUAG